CCGGAGACGAGAAAUCUCUAAUUUUCUUGGUCUAUUUUGCAAAUUUGCACAUAUGGCACACAAAUUUCAGGAAACAACUUUGUUUUACCACAGGGGAUGGAUACCCGUUGUUCCUUGUAUGUACCAGAAGUUAGGUUUUCUACCACAUCAGCGCCAUCAGAGCGGCACUGGUUGCAAUCAUCGAAGAAACGGCGAAGCCAUUCGCUGCUGACUUGGGGGUGGCGGGGGUCGCCUCGGUCGAGUUUUGAACAAUUUGGCCGGCUGUCGCGUCGGCGAACGAGCACGUUUGGAACCCACCGUUCGACAAGUGGUAGCACGACGAGUUGAAGUCGCUUGGUUUGAUGUUGGAGUUGCCAAAGAGGUACUCGACACCGAUGACAGCUGCGAUGUCCGAGCCCUUGACGCACUUCUUGUCCUCAAACAAAUCGAGGGCGCGAAUCGGGCCGAACGUGACGUUCGGGAGAGCGGGGAACUUGCGCACCCACGAGAGGAGGGCAUCGGCCGACUUAGCACAUGAGCCUGGCACGAUGGGUUUGACGAACAAGGUCGACACGGAGGCGCCGGUCGUGGACGUAAAAGGGUUGCCAUUCACAGCUGCACAACCUUGGUCGUUGGGGAUUUGAAGGGCAGUGUCAACACGCCCAAUCAACUCGGCAGUCGAUUCCUUGGAUGCUUCCGAAAUGCCUUGCGUGAAGCUCUUCACCCAUGAGUAGCCGCAAGUUUGGUUUGCCGUGCCAUUGAAACCAGGGGUUUGAAUCGUGCACACAACAUCCGACACCUUUUCGACGAAGCUGGUCACAAGCAUGUCAGGGGCUUCACCAGUAAAGGCCUUGAUAUCGGCCACCAUCGCAGUGCAGCAAGGGUUGGUGUUGAUCUGCUUGAACACAGCCGGCACGAUCCCGGCUUUCAAGCACGCCAUCGACUUGGUCAACGGUGUGCACACCUUUUGCACGUCUGAGUCGGGAAAGUUGAAAAUGUACGAUUUGUAUGACGACCAGUGGUUGUCGUCGUCGUCGUUGGUUUCGUUCUUGCCAGCGUUGGUGCUGUUCUUUGAUUUUCCAUCACCCAAGAGCGGCAACAGAUAUGGGGCCGCAACCAAGCACGUAGGCUCGACCACCAUCGCAGACAUCACGUCCGAGACCAAAGUGUUGGCAUUCACCGACCCGAUGCAACCCAACCAAGACUUUGGGAGCAUCGACAGGAAUUCCAGCGGAACGACAGAGCUGAUCGCUUUGAACGUAGGGUUCGUCUGGUCGACCACUGUCGAGCAGGCUUUGGUACUGGAGUUCGUCUGGGCAUUCGUGACCGCCAACGCAGUCAUCGCGAGCGAGAACAUGGUCUUCAUCGUGGCAACGAGAUCGGAAAUCGAGGAAUGAUUUUGUCCUGGCGAUUUCUGCCUAAAAAAUCGGAUUGAGCUA